CGUCAAACGAUAUGUGUUCCUGUGGCUUGUUUUGGUUGACAAAAGCUGCAUGACUUCUUCAAAUCAUGGCGAUCCCUAUAGCCAUCUUGGACUGUGACCUGCUGUUACACGGUCGAGGACACAAGACCCUGGACCGCUUUGACCUGGACUCUGUGCCAGACACUUUGCUCCUCACACAGUUUGGCUUCCCCAGAGAGUUUAUACUGUAUCUGGUGGAAAUACUCCGGGAGGCUCUGUGCAGACGUACUCAGCGAUCCAGAGCCAUCAGUCCUGAGGUCCAGGUGCUGGCUGCUUUGGGCUUCUACACAUCCGGAUCCUUCCAGACAUCGAUGGGAGAUACAAUAGGGAUCAGCCAGGCGUCAAUGUCGAGAUGUGUGUCCAACGUGACCAGAGCCCUGGUGGAGAAAGCUCCAACGUUCAUUACAUUAAACAGAGACCCCUCCAGCACAGAGCAGUCCUUCCAGGAGUUUCAGAGGGUGGCAGGAUUCCCAGGAGUCCUAGGGGUGCUGGACUGUGUUCAGGUCACCAUCAAAGCUCCUAACAGCGAAGACUCGUCCUACGUGAACAAGAAGGGGUUUCACUCGGUGGGCUGCCAGCUGGUUUGUGAUGCCAGAGGAUUGUUACUCAGCGCCGAAACACAAUGGCCGGGAGGACUCAGAGACACAGAGGUUCUAGAAAGAUCUGCUCUCCAGAAACACCUGCAGGACGCUGAGGAGGGCUGGCUGCUGGGUGACCGUCGUUACCCUCUGAGGAAGUGGUUGAUGACCCCGAUGGACUGCCCAGAAACCCCAGAAGAGUUACAGUAUAAUCUGGCCCACACGGCCACUCAUGAGAUCGUGGACAGAACCUUCAGAGCCAUCCAGACCAGAUUCAGAUGUUUGGACGGCACCAAAGGAUACCUACAGUAUUCUCCGGAGAGGAGUUCGUCCAUCCUGCUGGCCUGCUGUGUUCUCCACAACGCCUCGCUGCAGUCGGGGUUAGACGCCUGGACUCUGGAGCGGACCGACCCUCUGGAGCAGCCCGAGACUCUUGAGCAGAGACCAGAGGAUCGAGACAGCCGGGCAGAGGAGCUCCGGAAAGACCUCAUCCUCAAACACUUCAGCUAAACUCAAAACAGAUCAGGACUGGGACUAGAGCAAAUCAUCAUUUUCUGUUCACAAACGACACAUUUCAAGCAAGAAAGGCCACAGACACAGUGUUGCUGAUGCAGGUUUUUUAUAUUUUGCUGGUUUCUACUCUACUGACUACACUAAGAUAACAUAGAAGUAUAUGGAGGAACAUGCAGGACGCUAUACAACAAACUGAGACAACAUGGUACCCGAACACAUUUGAAAUAACUGGAAGUGCUUCAUUAUUCUCUCAGAAUGUGGAAUAAUGAAACACUUCCUGGUGAUUAACAACUAUUAAAACUGUGUGCAGCUGC